AUGGAGGAUGUUUCUUUACUAAAACAAAAUCCCAGAAUAGCAGGGAUGGAUAAAGAAAUUAAUAAUCUUUAUCAGGUCAUCAAUAAUUCAUUCAACAAUACAGAAAUUCAUCGUGAGGUUGGUAUACCCGAAAUAAGAACAUCAUUGAUUAGUGGACCAUGUGGAGUCGGAAAAAAAACCUUAGUACAGCACGUUUGUAAGAAGAUUCCUGCAAAAUUGUUCAUUAUCUCACUAUCAUCGAUCAUAAUAAAAUACGAUUUACUGGAGAAUGUUGAAUUGGGCACGAAGACGAGAGAAGAGGAUAGUGAUAAUGACGAUAAUGAUCCAAUACGAUCAAUUUUUAUUAGAGCUAAAUUGUCUGCACCGUCAGUCAUUCUUUUGAAAGAUUUGGAUAUUUUAGCGAAAGGACACGAUGGCGAAUGGAAACCCAAAAUUAUAAACAUGUUGGAAGGAGAAUUUCAAGAAAUUUACGAGAAGGUUUUUAUUAUAGGCUUAACUUGCGAUGCUGUAAAAUUACCAGAUUCAAUGCGCAAAUUGGAUUUUUUUCAACAUAACUUGAAUUUGGAUCUUCCUACCCGAAUUCAGCGUGAGGAAAUACUGGAGCUUUGUCUUUCAAAUUUGAGAAUAAUAAACUCGGAGGAAAUAGAUGAUCUUGUAAAAAGAUUAGGAAUG